GUUCCGUGUUUGGGGCUUUGGGGCUUUGGCCAUGUCGGACAUCGCGGACGGUGUGUCGUGCCAUUUUUUGGGGCGGCGCGGUCUUAGACACAGCGGCAUCCGUUCUUUUCCUCGGCUGUGCCUCGGCAGUGCUUCAUGGAUGGCAGAGCCCAUGUGCAGAUGAUUCCUUUCCAGGCUUGACGGUCUUCGUCAGUGCAAUAAGGCAGAGCAAGUCGAGUCGACAAGAAAGCGCCAACAUGAGGUGUUGAAAGCAGAACGACCAGAAGGAUUGUCGCGACAUGGCGACAUGGUGAGGAUUGUCGGCGACGGCGACUGGUGUCACGAUUCUUUGGGAUGCUUUCCAGCACUGCCAGUGCUUGAGGUGAAGAAAGUGAAGGUUGGCGGCAAAGCUUGGCAAAUGGCUACUACUGGUCUCCGCACUCACAGUGAAAAGCAGAAGCACCUGGCGAACUCCGAAUUCCGAUCUGGGUGCGCUCACGAGGAAGAAAGACGUCGCCUGGUUCGACAGUUCGGCGUUCGGAAGAUCACAGAGUUCAGCUCCGCGUGGUCCAUCUCCUACCUUUUUAUGCAAAGAUGGGCACGCUUCAUUCUUUUCUAAGUGGCAUCAGCUGACCAUCGACAUCGGGACGAGGCGUUGCUGAUCCUGCGAUCUUUGAAGGUGGGACUGCCACCAGCACAGGGGAGCACAUCGUCAGGAGUGUUGUAGCGUAUGGACGUGGUGCGUGGUGCCACGUGUCCUCUUCUGUCUGAAGGCUCCCGGCGAAAAGGAGAGUGUUCUCUAACCUGCAUCGUCCUUGGACAUCUCCGUGCUGACCUUGACGAAGGAGGAGCACAUCAUUCACAAGCGACAGAACCUUCCGCGCGCUGAGGGUCGGAGGGAGCUCUUAGCGAUCUGAUUUUGGCA